CACGCUGUCCACCCGAACGGGAAUGGAACGGCCGGGCUGCUGCACUGGUACCCAUAGGAAAGCGAGGCUGCAAGUUCGCCUCUGCCGCCUCGAGCAACUGCACAGAAGAUUUUGAUCCAUGCAAUGGUAAAAGCUCUGUCCACAACUGGUAAAGCAAUGGCAUUGAUAUUCUACACAAACUGGAUAUGGAGACUACAAAAAAGUGCAAACUGUCAGACUGGAUGAAAGCCCAAAUGAAUAAUUCAUUUUCAGAUGCAUUAGGCUGCAGCACAGAUGUAACUGAAGAGGAAGAUUACUUAGUUUAUGAUGGAGAUCUAGGAAUAAACUGUGAAUAUAACAAUAAUUCAGAUAAUCUGAAUGCCUGUAGUUGUACAAAAUAUAUUUCUGGUAUUUUAAACUUAGCCUGUUCUGAAGAUAACAAAAACAUAAAAGCAGCAGCCAAUUAUGAAACUCCUCUACAGCCUGAAGAAUUCUCCAGUCAUCACAGAGGCACAACUGGAGCUCCAAUUGAAAUGCCUGGAAGUGAAGCUUCCUUUAAGAAGGAAUUACCUGUUGGUAGUUCCAGUAAACCAGAUAGCAAAGAACAUAUAACCACCUCCAAGAUGUCCAAUGUCCUCCUGCGUCAUUUUUCUAGGGGAGAAUUACUAAGCACAUGCCACUUAAUUGAACGUGAAACAAUACCAGAGAUGUCCUUUACUGAAAGUAUCGAUGACACUGGGAGCAAACCUGAGCCUUCAGAACACAUCAAAGGCCCUCUAGUGCAUGAACAAUGGGCAAUGAGCUCCGAGGAGCAUCCAGUAGAAAACCACGAGGAAGUAAAGGCUCGUGACAAAAAUGGAAACCCGUUAAAUGAAAAUAGAUCUGUUUCAAAGAAACAUGUUUUUUCUUCUGGUCAGUGUGGGUGCCGACAAGAAUAUUCACAACUGAUUAAUGGGACUGGAAGUACACAGAGCUUUCAAAACAUGAAAGAUGAGAGAGCCCUAUUUAAGAAAACAGUUUCAGCUUGUGAGCUCAAAUAUGGCCAAGGGCAAGCUCACUAUUGCCUUCCUAACUUCUCUGAAGUUGCAGUACUGAAAAAACUUGACAAUAUUACCUCAGUUCCUUCAACUGAGAGAGUAAAACGCUUUCCUAUUUUGCUAAAUAAAUCAUUAACUGUGAACAGCAUUUUGGAAAAUAAGAAUUACUACAAUUCUGCUGAAGUAGACAGUCAAGAAGAAAGGAGUAUUUCAGAACUGCUGCAACAGCUUCAGGUACUUCCUCAGCCAGACUUCGCAAAUGCUAUUUCCUCAGGACACACUAGGACACCACCUGAUGUCAUCAUGUUACGUGCUCCUGUCCCUGUGCAACCUACACGUGGUUUGCUUAAAGCAAGACUACAGCCUGGAACAGCACUACCAGCAGCUGGGACAGUAGAAGCACAGUGUCUAAAUCCUUCUGAUUCACUGCCAGAACUAACACUAGGAGAAAAGAUGUCUCAAAUACUAAAGGAUCAGACAGAGCAACUCAUUAAGAAAGUGGAAGACUUCUCUAAGCAUAUGAUCCAGGAAACACACUUUUUGCAAGACAAAUAUCUGGCAUUAAAUCAACUGAAAAGAUACCUUGAUGCCUUGGAAAGAAAUUAUUUAAAAGCUAGAGAAGAGCACCACAACUUACAGCUGCAGAACUACAAGGACAAGCCCAUCAACCUUGGAGAGUUUGAUCCUGAGAGAAGGGUGGAAGGAGAGAUAUUCAGACUUGGCACGCUGCUUGAAGACAUUCAAGAACGAAUCGAUGGCAGCAAAGGUGGCCUUUCAUCAUUACUGACUUCCUAUCAAUCUGCCCAGUCUUUCUGUGAGAGCUCAGCAGUUUCAAGCACUGCUGAUUUUCCACAAAGAAGAGGUACUGAAACUCCAUUUUUUCACAAGAACUAUGAUGGAGAAAGAAAUCAGACAACUGAUGUAAUCCCACCAACAAAUCAACUUUCUUUAGAAGGCAAAAAAUGCAAUCUUUGUCUUCACAUAAAUACAGACAUCCCGGAAAGAAAAACUGGAACAUCUCCACUCUUCAUACAGAGAAAACCAACUGAUUUAUCAGAUACCAACCUGAGCAGCGAUUCAGAAGACUUCUCAGCCUGUGAUUCUUAUAAUGAUUCACAAAGACAGAACCUUGUGAACUGUGACACUCUAAGCUACAAAUCAUUAAAUACAAGAUUAUGUGGAGAGAGAAAAGGACUUAGAUGCAAAUGCCCCAGGGGAAGCAGAGAUCAAGUAAAACUCAGGAAUUACAAAGAGUCUGUUCAGUCUUGUACCUUAUGUAGAAAAAGCAGCUCUGGUUCAUCCUCUUAUUCACAAAAGAGAAUCUCCACCCAGAAGACUCAAAAAACCAAGCAGCCAGGUGAAGCUGUAACCAGACUUUGUGAAAGGAAAUCCUUUGAGGCUGCCAAAACCUGCUGUUCAAGCACAUAUGAUAAAAUUAUCCUUUCACAUCAAUACCUACCCAGUAAGAAAUCUGCCCAAAGAAAAUCUGCAAUCAACAUCAGAAACACCAAUGAUUCCUAUGUAAAUGUUUUAACUUCUACUCUGGAUCAUGCCAUAGAGACAGCAAACAGUUUGAAGAAAGCUACAGAGCGAAUGGUACAAACAGUUUCAGAAGAUCUAGCUAAAGUUAAAAGAAAACCAUUUUAAUUAUCUAGUUCAAAUGAUACAUUGUUCUGGUGGUUCAUGCUGUUAGUAGCAUGUUCAAGUGUUAGUAUCUCUGCAAAAAUAAAAUCAUGAACACAAACAUGAAAAAGUCAGCUAAUUAACUUCGUCAGCUGUUCUGUACCUAUUAGUACUAAACCAAA